GCGUAAGCCUCCUCUUGCUCUCUCAUGUUAAUGGCGGGCGGCGGCUGCUGAGUGGGACGCAGAUAAUCGCUACCUGCACGGGGAAAGUCUCCCCUGUCUCUUCUUUUCCGUUCGCCAUCAGCGCCUGUGCUCGCCAGCAUGUCCGUGGUGCCUCCCAAUCGCUCGCAGACCGGCUGGCCCCGGGGGGUCAACCAAUUCGGCAACAAGUACAUCCAGCAGACCAAGCCACUCACUCUCGAGCGCACCAUCAACCUGUACCCUCUUACCAAUUAUACUUUUGGUACAAAAGAGCCCCUCUAUGAGAAAGACAGCUCUGUUGCAGCCCGAUUUCAGCGCAUGAGGGAGGAAUUUGAUAAAAUUGGAAUGAGGAGGACUGUAGAAGGAGUUCUGAUUGUACAUGAGCACCGGCUACCCCAUGUGUUACUGCUACAACUAGGAACAACGUUCUUCAAAUUACCUGGUGGUGAACUUAACCCAGGAGAAGAUGAAGUUGAAGGACUAAAACGCUUAAUGACAGAGAUACUGGGUCGUCAAGAUGGAGUCCUGCAAGACUGGGUCAUCGAUGAUUGCAUUGGUAACUGGUGGAGACCAAAUUUUGAACCUCCUCAGUAUCCGUAUAUUCCUGCACAUAUUACAAAGCCUAAGGAACAUAAGAAGUUGUUUCUGGUUCAACUUCAAGAGAAAGCCUUGUUUGCAGUCCCUAAAAAUUACAAGCUGGUAGCUGCACCAUUGUUUGAAUUAUAUGACAAUGCACCAGGAUAUGGGCCCAUCAUAUCUAGUCUUCCUCAGCUUUUGAGCAGGUUCAAUUUUAUAUACAACUGAAUUUCUGCACAAUGGAGAACUAAAGGAUGCCGUCUCUGUGAGCACAGCUAUACAGUGUAGAAGAAUAAACAUGGUAGAAAAGUUUUUUUUGGUUUUAUCUCUUUCUCAAUCUCUAAAUUGCCCCUCCCCCCAUUUUCUGUUGUUUGAAUAGUGAAGUUAAUGUGAAGAACUAGAUAGUGGCGUAAACAAAUGUGAUGAUGUUUAAUUCACUUUUGGUUCUACUCAUUUUUGUACAACAUUAAACAAAGUGGACUUUU